AUGGCAUCAGCACCACCGACCGCCGCCAACAUGGGCGCAGACCUCAAGGACACAGCUGCGCCGCAGACAAAGUACAAGCCAUGCUGCGUUUGCACCGACCAGAAAGCAAAGCGCGACGAGUGCAUGCUGUUCUCGACAUCGAACGAUCCUCAGAAGGAGUGCGCCGACCUCGUCUCCCAGUACAAGACAUGCAUGGCUGGCUAUGGAUUCAAGAUCUGA